AUGUUGCUGUACACUAAACUCGCCCCGCCAAAGGCUCCCAAGAGACGAUCCAGAUCAGGAUGUACAUAUUGCGAUUUGCAGAAGAAGAAAUGCGAUGAAGCUCGCCCGCAAUGCGCACGUUGCGCAGAACGUGGUCAAGAAUGCGCCUACGAGGCCGUCAAGCCCAGACAGCGCAAGAAGCGUGACUCCAUCGCCGGAUUGGGCUCCGACACGGCUUCCCAGACAAGCGCGACCGCUGUUAUCCGCCGCUAUUCCGCCCCCGACGUCACCCUUCGCCGCUGGAAGGAGGAGGCACUAGACGACGAAGAUGAGGGCAUAGUGGAAGAGGCCAUCGUGGAGGAGCCCGAAGAUGCCGCCGACAUACUAGGCCCUGCGUUUGAUUUCAAAAAGAUGUUCGGCAUUAGCAACCACAACCACACUAACAAGGACGACGCUCCCUUGAUAUCUCCCAUCGAUGCCGUCUCAUUUAACCUGUCCCUCGAGGAUGCGGAUGAGGAAGUCGUUCGCCGAGACUCGGUUAUGGCAGACUCGGGAACGGCGUCACAACGCCUCGCCGUCACACGGGCUCAACGCCAUCCAGACCUCGCUCUGAUUGCACCUGUUUCCAUAGCGUCACCGCGCCUCGAAUUUCUACUGCCGACCUUCGCCGAGUUUGCUGACCGCCCGAACCGCCGCGCUCUGGUCGACCACUUCGCCAACAUCAUGUCUCACCUUAUUGUGCUUCGCGAGACCGAAACUGGGAACCCGUUUCAGCAGCUCGUCUUGCCGCUGUGUCACAGCAGCCCGACCGUCACCAACGCCAUCUACGCGCUUGCGAGCGCGCAUUUGGAGAAUCGUGGCUGCGGGCACACUGAGGAGAAGGCGGUGUAUUUCCAUAAUCAGGCGAUUCAGGGCUUGGCGAGGCUGAUUGAACAGGGAGGAGAGGCGAACAAGAACGAACUGUUGGCGACCAUCAUGCUGCUUGUGUAUUAUGAAGUGCUUGUGCAACAGGGCCGAUCGAACAUUGUAGAUGGCCAUCUCAAGGGUGCCAUCGCUAUCAUGAGCGGCAGCAGCGCCGACUCUAAUCCCACCAGCGACUUCCUCGAACGAGCUUUCCGCUUCUACGAUGUCAUUGCCGCCCUCUCCUUCGGCACGGCACCUCUCUCCACCGCCCCAGCAACAGGCUGCCUCAUCCCUUUCCCACCGCCCGCCUCCCCAUCCACCUCUCCCCUCAGCUCUGUCGACACCCUCCUUGGCAUGUCCACCACUCUAUGGCCCAUUAUCCACCGCCUCUCCAAUCUUUUGACCCUCAAGAACGAGCUGCAGACCGCCGUCGCAAACGGUCAGCUCACAAAGGCCGCCGUCCUCCGCACUGAAUUCGAGACCACCUCGGACGCGAUCGAGCACGCCCUUAAGCAGUGGCAGCCCAGCUUUCCUGUCGGUUUCUCCCCGGACAUGCUCAAUGACUUGUCAUCGUCUGGAGAGGAGCCCGAGCUGGCUGCCGAGCGUGCGCGGUUGAAUUCCAUCUUGAACAAUGCACUUGCAUAUCGUCACUCGGCGUUCGUAUAUCUAUACCGCAGUAUAUACGGAUAUUCUCGCCGUCACCAACUGGUACAGCAGCACACACAUGCUGCGCUGAGCCAUUGCGCCGCAACGGUCUCACAUGCGGGACCGAUGGCAGCGCUACUUUGGCCGCUAUUCGUGGCUGCGUGUGAGGCGAUCAACCCGGUUGACCGCGAGCGUGCAAAGCAAGCGUUCGUGGCGAUUGAGCGGCGGCAGGGCAUGACCAAUAUCCAGCGUGCAUGGACGAUUGCCCAAGAGGUCUGGAGACGUGCGGAUAUGAUUGAUGAUCACGCCACGUUUGACGGGUAUGAUGACGACGCCGCCAUGCUCUCGACAACCAACCCUCUCCAGAGACUGGGGAAGGGGGGCGAUCUGUGGAGGAGGGUCAGUGAAGAUAUGGGUGUUACGAUUGUCUUUGGUUAA